AUGUACAUCAAACAAAUCAUCAUCCAAGGCUUCAAGUCCUACAAGGACCAGACCGUCAUCGAGCCUUUCUCACCCAAGCACAACGUUAUCGUCGGCCGCAAUGGAUCCGGCAAGAGCAACUUCUUCGCCGCCGUGCGGUUCGUGCUCAGCGACAAGUACACCCAGCUCAGUCGCGAGGACCGCCAGAGUCUGCUGCAUGAAGGUGCCGGAUCGGCAGUGAUGAGCGCCUAUGUCGAGCUCAUCAUCGACAACAGUGACGAGCGUAUCCCGACCAACACCCCGGAGGUCAUCCUUAGGCGCACAAUCGGUCAGAAGAAGGACGAGUACAGCUUGAACCGCAAGAACACCACCAAGAACGAGGUUCUCAACAUUCUGGAGAGUGCUGGCUUUAGCAGGAGUAAUCCUUACUACAUUGUGCCUCAGGGCAGAGUCACGGCCAUUACCAACAUGAAGGACAACGAACGUUUGAACAUGCUAAAGACAGUCGCUGGUACGGAGGUGUACGAGAGCAGAAGAGCCGAGUCGCACAAGAUCAUGCAAGAGACUGAGCAGAAGCGCAACAAGAUCGACGAUUUGCUUGAGCAUAUCCGCACGCGUCUGGAUGAGCUAGAGUCAGAGAAGGAGGAGCUACGUGCAUUCCAGGAUAAAGAGCGAGAACGAAAGUGCCUGGAGUACAGCAUCCACAAGAAGGAUGAAGAGUCCAUUUCGGAGCAGCUGGAGAGGAUCGAUGAGGCAGUCGAAGGUCGCACUGGUCAAAACGACGACCACCGCGAAGCCAUGCAAGAAGCUGAGAGUCAGCUGGAGACAAUCGACGCACAAAUCACUUCGCUGCAGCAGCAGAUCAAGUUGCUGACGCAAGAACGAGCACAAUACAAGGACGAGCGCAAAGAAGCCGCUCGUACCAAAGCCAAAGCAGAGUCCGAUCUGCAAGCAGCGCAGGACAAUCAAAGUGCUGCUCAGCAAGCUCAAGCUCAGCAGGCCGAAGAUCUCAAAGAUACCCAGCACCAGAUCAAGCAGCACGAAGCACAGCUCAAAAAGUUGCUACCGGAGUACAAUGCCAAGCGUGAGGAGGAACGGACCGUUAAACAGCAGAUGCAGGAGGCCCAGGCUACCGUUCAACGACUAUAUGCCAAACAAGGUCGUCAGAAUCAGUUCCGCACCAAGAAGGAGCGUGAUACUUGGCUUCAGCAGCGCAUCGCCGAAAGUAACUCGUCUCUGGCGAAGACAAAAGCCAAUUCGAUACAAAUAUCAGAAGACGUGACUGAGCUCGAGGAGACCAUCAACCAGCUCGAGACUGACAUUGCCGAGCUGCGUGAGCGCAUCGACAACCGCGGUGGCGACCAGCAGAACAUUGCUACAGAAGUACAACGUGCCAAAGACGACCGAGAUCGUCUUCAGGACCAGCGCAAAGAGCUCUGGCGGGAGGAAGCCAGACUGGACUCCGUCAUCGAAAAUGCUCGGAGACAGCUAAACAACGCUGAGCAUUUCUUGAGCCACAUGAUGGACCAGAACACAUCUCGUGGCCUGGCAAACAUUCGAAAGAUUGUCAGGGAAGAGGCCAUCGAAGGAGCAUACGGUCCACUUGGAGAACUGUUUAAGUGCCAACCCCAAUACAAGACCGCUGCUGAAGUCACCGCUGGUGUCUCCCUCUUCCAUUUCGUCGUGAAUAACGACGAGAUUGCGACGAAACUUAUCGAGCGCCUGAAGAGGGACAAGCUUGGUCGCGUUACGUUCGUACCGCUCAGUCGUAUCAAUAUCAGGCCGACUGAGUUGCCGAAGGCUAGCGAUGCUGUGCCGCUUCUGUCGAGGAUCAAGUACGAACCAACGUUUGAAAGUGCGAUGCAGCAAGUCUUUGGCAGGACGAUCGUGUGUCCGAACUUACACGUCGCUUCACAGUACGCGCGCAGCCAUUCUCUGAGUGCCAUCACUCCAUCAGGUGAUCGGUCAGACAAAAGGGGUGCCCUGACUGGAGGUUACUACGAUGAUAAGCAAUCGCGUCUCGACGGCAUUGCCAAGUUUGUUGCAGCUAGAGACGAGUUCGAGAACGCAGACGGACGCAAAGAGGAGAUCCGGCAUGAACUUCAGCAGAUUGAUCAAAAGGUCACCAAGGCGAUGAGUAUCCUGCAGAAGUCUGAACAGAAGCGUACACAGCUCGAGGGCGGAUAUGGACCUCUCCGGGAAGAGCUACGGAGUAAGGAGCGGGAGCUGAGUGAACGCCGCGACGAGAUGGACGCAAAGCAGCGUCAGAAGGAGAACGUUGAUGCAUUGCUCAGUGACUUCAGCAACCAGCUCUCUGGCUGGCAAUCUGAACUGCAGGCCGACUUUAAGAAAGCACUCAGUAAUCAGGAAGAACGCCAACUGGACGACCUCAACGCUCAAUUGCCAGAAUUGAGGAAGCAACACGCACAGCUGAGCCACGAGCUUGCCGAGCUGGACGGCCAGAAGCGCGAAGUAGAAGACACGCUGAACGUAAAUCUGCGACCACGCCUCGACCAGCUCCAAGCCACAGACCUGGACACGUCUCUCAGCAUCGGCGGUAGCAGCAGCGUCAGGCUGAAGGAGCUCAAAUCAGACUUUAAGCGGGCGACAAAGGCGCUGGACAAUAUCGAGACGAAACUGCAAGAGAUUGAACAAUCGAUCGAGGAGCAACAGAAACAGCUGCAGGAUAUCGAGGCUAGCCGCGCCAACAAGGCUGCUGAAUUGGAGAAACUCGAACAAGCUAUCAGAAAUUACCAGAAGAACGUCGAGAAGAACGCUUCGCGGCGUGCGCAAUACAGCGCCCGGCUCACAGAAGUUCGUGCCCAGAUCAAUGGUCUUGGUGUACUCCCAGACGUGGCAUUCAGCGUCCAGUACACCAACAUGAGCACCAAUACUGCGACACAGCGGCUGCACAAGGUGCAGGAGUCUCUGAAGAAGUACGGACAUGUCAACAAGAAGGCCUUCGAACAAUUCAAACAAUUCGAGACUCAGAGGACUGAGCUGGAGAACCGUCGCAAAGAGCUCGACGCAAGUGACUCCAGUAUUCGAGAGCUGAUCGAUGUCCUCGAUCAACGCAAGGAUGAGGCUAUCGUGCGUACCUUCAAGCAAGUCAGCAAGGAGUUCUCCGCUGUGUUCGAGAAGCUGGUCCCAGCAGGCAAAGGCCGCUUGAUCAUCCAACGCCGCAGCGAUAAACAAGCCAAUGGCGCCGCCAACCUCGAUGACAGCGACGACGAAGACCAGAACCGAUCCUCAUCAGGCGUAGAGAAUUACAUUGGUGUCGGCAUCUCCGUCUCCUUCAACUCGAAGCACGACGAGCAACAACGUAUCCAGCAGCUUUCAGGAGGCCAAAAGUCGCUCUGCGCCUUGGCUCUUGUCUUCGCCAUCCAGUUCUCUGAUCCUGCACCCUUCUACCUCUUCGAUGAAAUCGAUGCCAAUCUGGAUGCGCAGUACCGCACGGCCGUGGCGCAGCUCUUACAAGAAUGCUCGCAAACUGGUCAGUUCAUCUGCACUACUUUCAGGCCUGAGAUGUUGCACGUGGCGGAGAAGUGCUAUGGUGUCAGCUACUUGAACAAGGCGAGUAGCAUUGACGUGGUCAGUCGCGAGCAGGCGUUGGACUUUGUUGAUGGGCAGAUUAGUGGAAAGUAA